GAGUCACGUGACGAAUGACGUGUCGCCGGGAGUAGCUUCAGGAGACGGAAGCACGUUUUUACGACAGAAGCAGCGGAGAAGCCGGCAGGAGACCGAAACUGCGAGCCAAAAAAGUUGUUUUAACAACAGAAAAGUCGCUUUAAAGAUCAAAAAAAGAAAGCAUGACUGGAGCAGACAUUGAAAAGGGCAAGAAGGCAUUUGUCCAGAAGUGUGCCCAAUGUCACACUGUUGAACAAGGUGGAAAGCACAAGGUGGGACCCAACCUUUGGGGCCUCUUUGGGCGUCAGACUGGCCAGGCUCCUGGCUUCUCCUAUACAGAUGCCAACAAAAGCAAGGGGAUUAUCUGGAACGAAGAAACCCUGAUGAUUUAUCUGGAGAACCCGAAGAAAUACAUUCCAGGGACAAAGAUGAUCUUCGCUGGCAUCAAAAAGAAGAAUGAGCGAACUGACCUUAUCGCAUACCUCAAAUCUGCAACUUCAUAGGGAAUUCUCCAGCUCACUACUCUUCACUAAUCUUAAACCAGAACAUACUAAUUAUGAUACCUCAAACAAAUUAACCAAAACACAUCAUUCCUUUUUCCCCUUUAAACCAAACCAAAAGGGCAACCAGUCCCUGUGAGUUUUGCCUUAUGUUUUGUAGCAAUAGAUUUAUUUUUGAUAUCAAACAUCUUCAGCUGUUCAGUGAAUAAUUUAUCCAGAUUUUAACAAGUUUUUACCAUAAAUUAGUCGGCAUACUGUGAUUUCAGGAUGGGUAACAUUAAAUAUGUGUGAGCUGUUAUAAAUCCCUCCAGAGCAGUGACUCGUCCUCAUUCCAUUCCUUAAUUUAAUGCCUUAUUUGCUUUAUGUCUCUGUUGUGAAGCUUGCAAGUUAAAUAAAACGGACUGUAAACACA